GCCCUUCCCCCCAUCUCCUCUCCACCGUCCCACACCACCAUCACCGCCACACCAGCUCACCGGAGCAACAAGAUAAACCUAUAGAACCACCUCGACCGACGAUGCGGGCGAGCUGCAACGGCUGCCGGGUGCUGCGCAAGGGCUGCGCCGACGACUGCACCAUCCGCCCCUGCCUGGCCUGGAUCCGGAGCCCCGACGCGCAGGCCAACGCCACCGUCUUCCUCGCCAAGUUCUACGGCCGCGCGGGGCUCAUCAACCUCCUCGCCGCCGCCCCGGACGACGCCCACCGCCCGGCGCUCUUCCGCUCGCUGCUCUACGAGGCGUGCGGCCGGGCGGCCAACCCCGUCUACGGCGCCUCCGGGCUCUUCUCCACGGGCAACUGGGAGGCCUGCCAGGCCGCCGUCCAGGCCGUGCUCGAGGGCCGCCGCAUCCCCCAGGUCGGCGCCGACCAGGCCGCCCCGCACCCCGGCCUCGUCGCGGCCUACGGCGUCCGCCAUAUCCCCAAGGACGGCAUCGACCGUGCGUCCGCCGCGCUCCGUGUCUCGCCCGCUGGACGCGCCAGCUUCAAACGCGCGGCCUCCUCCUGUUCGGCGGCCAGGUCCAAGCGCGACGGUGGCCACGAGGGGGAGUCCGACGGCAGCCACGACCACGUUGUUGAAGACGACGGCAAGGUGCUGGCAGACAAGCACAAGAGGAGGGAGUCGUCGUCGUCGGAGGCCGAGGCGGGCUCGCACGUGAGCCAGGCAGAGCAGAGCGCGAGCGCCACUGUGCCGCAGGAGGCACAGGAGGACGGCGAAAUUGGGCUGGAGCUCACCCUCGGCUUCGGGCCGGCCACGCGCGUGAUGAGGUCGCCGGCGGCGCGCUUCGAGGCCCGCACCUUGAGCACCGAGUCCGGCCACAUCGGCCUGCUGCUUGGGCUGCCGGUGUGAGACAAGAGACGCGGCGACAGUGCCGUCCUUCGUACUGCUGGCAGGUAGAGAGAGACAAAAAUGGCAGUUUUUUUGGGAUCAUCGUUCGUGUCAUACUCGCACCUUUGGGAUACAGAUAUCUCUUGCUAGAAGAGAAGAAUAUUGUGUACUCCUAAAACCUGUAAAAAUUAAAUUAAAUCAAAUCAAGAAACCUUUUGUCUCUGCUGA